CUAUUCAUUCGUUCGUACAGCAGCGGUCAGAGACGUACGUGUAUUGUACGUAGAUAUCAAAACAAUUGCAUUGCAACCAUCACUUGAUCGUUGAACGUAGUGAGCUAUAUUUUUGGUGUCGUGUGAAAAAUCUCUCUCUCGGCUUGUCAAAAAAAAGUGAUUUUUUCGGGGAACAAAUUCAGCAAACCCGAACGAAAGUUAACAAAAAAAAUAAGCAAAAUUAUGACGCCUCUAGUGCACACGUUCGUGAACUCCUUCAACAACAAACUGGAAGAUCCAGUUCGUACCCACCUGAAGAAUGUGUACGCUUGCCUCACAGCCUCCACCCUGUCAGCAGCCGCAGGCUCAGCUGUCCAUAUGUACACCGACUACCUGCAGGCUGGCUUCCUCACCAGCAUCGGGGCGCUGAUCUGCUUCGGUUUGCUGAUGAUGACAGCCGAUGAGCAGGGCAAGAACAUGCUGCAACGUCUGGGCUACCUGCUGGGAUUCGCGUUCCUCAGUGGAAUCGGAUUGGGGCCACUGCUGGAGCAGGUCAUGUACGUUAAUCCGAACAUCAUCGUCACCGCCUUCAUCGGUACGACUGUGGUCUUCAUGAGCUUCUCCAUCUGCUCGAUGCUGGCCGAAAGAGGAAAAUACUUGUAUUUGGGCGGCACUCUGAUGACCAUCCUCAACUCGAUGGUUCUUCUCUCCUUGGCCAACCUCUUCUUCGGCUCCCAGUGGCUAUUCCAGGUACAUCUCUACUUGGGGUUGAUCAUGAUGUGCGGUUUCGUCCUCUACGACACUCAGCUGAUCAUCGAGAAGAGACGUCAGGGUAGCCGUGAUUUCGUCACGCACUCCCUCGAUCUCUUCAUCGACUUCGUGGGCAUCUUCAGACGUCUGGUCAUCAUCCUCACCCAGAAGGAGGAGGAGUCAAACAAACGUCGAAGGAACUGAUUGUUGAGCGACGACGAAGAUGACGAGAGGAAGAAG